CCAAGGACUGGGGCCACUGCCCCCCUCCCUGCGCACCCGGCACAGAGGGCUGGGGGCUCCGCAGCCGACAGGGCCCCAACUUCAGCCACCCUUUGUGGGGUUUUUCAUCGCAGGACAAGAGCUCCAAAUACAGCCAUGACAGAGAAAGAAGUGCCAGAGCCACCAGCUUCACCUGCUUCAGGAGGGAAACCCAAGAGCCGGCUACAGAAGUUGAAGCAACUUUUCCAGCGAAAACCCAAGGAAGAGACGGCGCCAGAGCUGCAACCCAAUGGGGAGCUGGUUAGCCCCUCCGGGGGACCCAUCUACUACAUCUACGAGGAGGAGGAAGAGGAGGAAGAGGAGGAGGAACCUGAGCCCCCUCCCGAGCCCGAGAAACUCGUCAAUGACAAACCCCACAAGUUCAAAGAUCAUUACUUCAAAAAGCCCAAGUUCUGUGAUGUUUGUGCCCGCAUGAUUGUCCUCAACAACAAAUUUGGCCUGAGGUGCAAGAACUGCAAAACGAACAUCCACCACCACUGCCAGUCCUAUGUGGAGAUGCAGCGCUGCUUUGGCAAAAUCCCACCGGGGUUUCGCCGGGCAUACAGCUCGCCCCUCUACAGUGACCAGCAAGGCGUCAAGGACCUGCUCUCAGCAGCCAACAGGAGUGACCCUGUGUUCGAGACCCUGCGGACAGGCGUCAUUAUGGCCAACAAGGAGCGCAAGAAAGGGCAGGAUGACAAGAAAAAUCCUUUAGCUGCUAUGAUGGAUGAGGAACCAGAAGCCACAAAGCCAGAAGAGGGCAAAACCGCAGGCGGCACCUCUGAAGGGGACAAGAAGACUGAGAAGAGCCCAACAGAUGACAAGAACAAGAAGCCACAGCCGGGGAUUCGUGGUGGCUAUCCACAGUCUCACUAUUUUGUGGCACUUUAUCGCUUCAAAGCUCUGGAGAAAGAUGACCUGGAUUUCCCCCCAGGGGAGAAGAUUACGGUGGUUGAUGACUCCAAUGAGGAGUGGUGGCGGGGGAAGAUCGGGGAAAAAAUCGGUUACUUCCCUCCAAACUUCAUCAUCCGGGUGCGGGCAGGCGAGCGGGUGCACAAGGUGACGCGCUCCUUCGUGGGCAACCGGGAGAUUGGGCAGAUCACACUCAAGAAGGAUCAGAUCGUGGUGCAGAAGGGAGAGGAGGUGAACGGUUACGUCAAAGUCUCUACCGGCCGCAAAGUAGGGCUCUUCCCCGCGGACUUUCUGCAGGAGAUCUGAGAGGGGUUUUAUCCCAGGACCCCCAGAUGGGGCACGGAGCGGUCCCAGCUGCGAGGGGGCUGCGGGCAUGGGGAUGGCAGGCACCCCUGACCCCGACCCCUGCAGCGCUGGAACCCGAGUGGGGCCAGGGGGGUGCGAGAUACCUCUCGGGCUGUUUCCCCUGUGGGGAUUUUGGUCCUUUCACAGAGCCCAGGUGCAAGGAUGGGGGCACCCCCAAACUCGCUUUGGAGCCCUCCUUGCCUGACGAGGUGGGUGCUGGGUGCCUCGGGGCUUCCUGCGGCUCUGGGCUGUGUAAUCCCGUGGUUUGGCAAUACAGUCUGGGCUCUGCUGCCCCUGCUCUGGAUUUCCUGGGGGGGGAAAAAAGGGGUCACUGUGGGGCUGGGGGGGGCUGCGCCAAUGCGCCCUCCUCAGGGUGGUGUCCGUGCAGUGCCCGCUGUGUGAGUGAGCAUGUGUGGAUGAGUGUGAGAGUGAGUGAGCAUGCGAGUGUGACCAUGCAUGGGCAAGUGAGCAUGUGAGAAUGUGAGUGUGAGCGAGUUAUCAUGUGUGAGCGAGUGAGAGUGCAAGUGUGAACGUGCAAAUGGGAGCGAGCAUGUGUGUGGCUGUGCAGGUGUGAGCGUGGGAGAGGGAGUGUGUGCGUCUGAGCAUGAGUAAGCAUGUGAGUGUGAGUGUGAGAUCAUGCGAGUGGGUGUGCGAGUAUGCGAGAGCGUACGAGUGAGUUUGAACAUGCAAUCAUGCAAGUGUGAGCGUGCAUGUGAGUUAGUGAUCAUGCAAGUGUGAGCAUGCAACUGACUGUGUGACCAUGCAAGUGUGAGCGUGCAGGUGUGAGCAUGCAAGUGAGUGUGUGAUCGUGCAAGUGUGAGCAUGCAGGUGUUAGCAUGCGAGUGUGUGAUUGUGCAGGUGUGAGCAUGCAACUGAGUGUGUGACCGUGCAAGUGUGAGCGUGCAGGUGUUAGCAUGCGAGUGAGCAAGUGCAUGCAGCAUCUGUGCCUGUGAGCGUGUGUUUGUGAGUGUGGGAUUGCAUGUGAGUGUGACCACACGAGCUGCUGAGCACGUGAACGCCCCCCCCCCCCCCCCCGUGGCCGCCGGUACCGGGAGCUGCGAUCGCACCGGGCGGGGGCGCUGCUGCCUCGCCGCUCUCCCGCCUCGUAUGCAAAGUUAUGCAAAUGAGCCGCCGCGGGAGCAUCUUCCCCGGGUCUCUUUCCCCCCCCCCCCCCCCCCCAUCCUGGUCACCUCCCCAAACCGCUGUGAGUAUCCCUCGCUGGGGGGGGGGGCGGAACACGAGAGGGAUUCGAGGGCAGAUGCCGCCCCCACUCCCCGAGACCUCAUCACGAUGCUGCCGGUCUCUCCCGAGGGGGGGUUCCCCAACCAGGAGUUGAAAAGCGGGGGGGGGG